CAAGAGGACUUUGCGAAAUUCGAAUUUGAACACUUGCCAGCAAAUCCACUCUUUCACCCAAAUAAUACCAAUACCAGCAUUGCUGAGAUCGCGCAAAGGGAACAUCUUUUGCCAUAGCUCAACGACGUCGACGACUGCAACUUAUUCUCUUCCCUCAUUCUCUGCCAUUGCCAUUCCCAUUUACUUCGAGAAAAGGAUAAUUCAAGAUGACUCGCGGAGAGAUUCUUCACCUUCAUAUCGGUCAAGCUGGUACUCAGCUUGGUAACAGUGCUUGGGAGUUAUAUCUUCUUGAGCAUGGUCUCUUACAAGAUGGUCGUCCUGAUCCCGAGGCAAAGGCCGUCCACGAAUCUGGUGAACUCGAUACAGUCUUCACUGAAACUGGCAAUGGUAAAUACGUACCUCGAUCCAUCUUUGUCGAUCUCGACCCAUCUCCAAUCGACGAAAUCCGAACUGGUGAUUACAGAUCCCUCUUCCAUCCCGAACUUUUGAUCAGUGGAAAGGAGGAUGCUGCCAACAACUACGCUCGUGGUCACUACACAAUUGGAAAGGAGAUCUUGGAUGGUACUUUAGACAAGAUUCGUCGCGUUCUGGAUAACUGCUCUUCCCUCCAAGGUUUCUUGAUCUUCCACUCUUUCGGUGGUGGAACCGGUUCUGGUUUCGGAUCUCUCUUGCUUGAGCGUCUCUCCACCGAUUACGGCAAGAAAUCCAAGCUCGAAUUCGCAGUUUACCCAGCUCCAAGAGUUUCUACCGCUGUUGUUGAGCCAUAUAACGCUGUUCUCAGCACCCACAGCACUAUCGAAAACUCCGACUGUACCUUCUUGGUCGAUAACGAGGCUGUCUACGAUAUCUGCCGUCGCAACUUGGACAUUCCUCGUCCAGGUUUCGAGCAUCUCAACAGAUUGAUUGCUCAAGUUGUCAGCUCCAUCACCUCGUCACUCCGUUUCGAUGGUGCUUUGAACGUCGAUCUCAAUGAGUUCCAAACUAACUUGGUUCCUUACCCAAGAAUUCAUUACCCAUUGAUCAGUUACGCUCCAGUCAUUUCUGCUGCUAGAAGUUCCCACGAGAGCUUCAAGACUCAAGAAUUGACCCUCCAAUGUUUCGAGCCAAACAACCAAAUGGUUGUCUGCGAUCCCCGCAAUGGAAAAUAUAUGGCUGUUGCCCUUCUCUACCGUGGUGAUGUCGUUCCCCGUGACUGCAACGCCGCUGUCGCUUCCCUCAAGGCUAAGACAUCCUUCAACCUCGUCGAAUGGUGUCCAACUGGUUUCAAGCUCGGCAUCAACUACCAAAAGCCAAUGUCCGUCCCAUCUUCCGCACCAAACGAUGGUGCCCUCGCCUCAGUCGAUCGUUCCGUCAGUAUGUUGUCCAACACCACCGCUAUUGCCGAGGCCUGGUCAAGAUUGGACCACAAGUUCGAUCUUAUGUACAGCAAGCGUGCUUUCGUGCAUUGGUACGUUGGUGAGGGUAUGGAGGAAGGAGAGUUCAGUGAAGCAAGAGAAGAUUUGGCAGCAUUGGAGAAGGAUUACGAAGAGGUUGCUGCUGACAGCUUCGAGGCUGAAGAGGGUGAGGCUGAGUAUUAAGUUAUUCAGUCCGUAUAUGACAUUUUGAGCCUUGCGUCAUUUCGAUCCAUAUGGGGUGGUUUGUGUUCUGCGAAUAUCCGAAAAUGAGCGUCUGAUUAUUCGGUGAGGUUGGGAAAUGAGAGAGAUGAGAUGGGAUGAGAUAUUUUAGUUUGCUAGAUGAUAUUAUGAAUAGUCAAUAUGCAAUAUAAAUAUAAAUCUCGAUGACAGAAGUGAUUUUAAAAGUUGUUCAGUGUACUGUGCGGGAACUUCAAAUCGCUCUUGAUUAAACAAUG